GCCAGAGAACAGCGUGUUCUUAUCGCGCGCAUCGCGUGUGCUGGGUGAGGGCCUUUACGUCAUGAAGGGGCGUCCGGUGAGAUAGGUAGUAAGACAACACCUGGGGAACAUGUCACACGCUCCCGACCAUUCAGGUGCAGCUCACCGAUGGCAUCAGGAGAGUGAGGAAAGCAGGUGUUCCGUGGACGCCGCUUCCCUGUCACAGUUACCUCCAGGGGCAUCGAGGGAAGAGCACGAAAAUAUUCUAACGUUUUCAAGCAAAGCGUCAAACUUUAAGGAGUAUGAAGGGGAAACAUCUGCUACAACCAAGGAUGGACAACACACACAGGUGGAGGAAGACAUGCAAGGCCCUCAGCCUCCUGACGGCGGAUGGGGCUGGGUGGUGGUCCUGGGAGCGACUACUGUGUCUAUGCUGAUCCCGGUGCUCAGCUCCUCCUUCGGAAUCCUGUUCUCGCCGCAGCUGCUACACUGGGGCGCGUCCUCCACCACUGUGGCCGUGAUCUUCAACGCCUUCAUGGUGUCCUGGAGGCUGGCGGGCAUGGUGACAGCCACGCUCACAAAGGAGUUCGGGUUCCGCAAGGGCGCCAUGACGGGCACGCUGCUCACCGCCACCUGUCUCACAUUCACGGCCUUCGCCACCUCCCCGUACUACUUCUUCGUCUCCUUCUCUCUCGGCUGCGGUGUGGGCUGUGGGCUGAGCUGCGUCGGCUUCCUCAUUCUGUCCCACUACUUCAAGAGGCGGCGCGGAUUGGCCAACGCUUGUUUCACUGCCGGCCUUGGUCUGGGACACUUCCUGGGCCCGCUGUUCAUCCAGCUGCUGCAGGACACGUACGGCCACCGCGGCGCCACGCUGGUGCUCGGGGCGGUGAUGCUGCACGGCUUCCUAGGCACCACACUCUACCAUCCCGUCGAGUGGCACAUGAAGCUCCCGCUACGCCCUCACCCCCAGCAGGUGGCGCUCAUGACACCUACGUCCACGGGACAGUCCGCCCACACAAUACUGGUUGACCCACAGCCUCGUCACUGUUCAAGAGGCGUGAACAUGAAGGUAAAAGAACUAAGUGAGAGUCACCAGUCCCCGGCGUCAGGCAGAAGACUGUCCGCUAACUCUUUCGACUUAGCCAGCAUGGCCUCCGUGACCUCGCUCGACACCCUGGGCGCCACAGACCUCACAGACCACGAGGGCCUCGAGCCGCCACACACGGAUACAGAACCUAACAUUUUGAGCAGCCUUCGACAACCGCUCAGCAAACUCCUUAGAGGCCUCUUACGGGACCUGGCCAUCCUGAGGCGCCCCACGGCCCUUAUCAUUGCAGCGGGAACCACUCUGGUCAUCAACGCUCAAGUCAACUUUACUAUGAUGGUGCCCUUCGCCAUGCAGGCCGCCGGGCACUCCCUGCAGACGGCGGCGUGGUGCCUCUCCCUCUCGGGCGUCACCAACCUCUUAGCCAGAAUGGUUUCCUCAGCACUCUCAGACUACGCGUGGUUCAACAUGCGCUUCUUCUACCUGCUGUCAAUGUUCACCAUGGCCGCCUCCAUCACAGUAUUUCCCUUCCAGACGCAGACGGCGGGGAUGGCAACGGUGAUGGGGAUGUGGGGCGCCGCGCUGGGAACGUUCCACGGCCUCAACAACCUUCACACCCUCACCGUGGUGGGCCUGGACAACUUCGCCCCCAUGUUCGGCGCGCGGAGUCUCACCUUGGCGCUGGGCUUCGUCACCAUCGGCCCGUGCAUCGGCGUGGUGCGUGACAAGAGCGACAGCUACGCCAUCAGUAUGUGGGUGGUGGCUUUUCUCGUCCUCCUAAGUUAUCUGCUGUGGCUCCUCAUGCCUGCCGCUGUAGCUUAUGACGAAAGGAUGGAGGUAAACCAAGAACCUUCCGCAUGAAACGACGCUGUGAGCACUCAAGUCUCGCCGUGUGACCGUGGCACGUACUCAUCCUCACUGACACACUGACAUCAAGCAAUAUAAGCAAACUCUUUGUUUAUAUUCCUCGUGACAUUCACUGACACUGCUCCAAUAGCAACGGCGGCAAACUGGUAUUUUGUCCACAUCGGAGUUUUAACAUUUAAAACUCGAAAUAGCUCAAUGAUAUGAGCUGUAUUGUAUAAAAAUUAAUAGAUCAAUAUAAUAUCAUUUU